UUCAUUCUUUCAGCUCUCCACACAAGAUGAGAAGAGACCAGAGCAUCUACUGAGUGAAAUCUGCCCUUAUGGUACCAGUGCCGAGAGGAAUGUGAAGACGCAAAGUGGAGGAAGAAACAGGUUUUCCCCUUGGGGAUGCCACAGAGGCCUUUGGUGCUGAGGAUCCCACACAGCGAUGAGUUACAGAGGUCUCCCGCAUCUUCUCCUGGCUUUUGUUCUGAUUAAUGCACCAGAAGCGGCUGGCUAUGGUUUCAGAAACUGCAUCCAAUCCAUGUGGAAUCCACAGUACUUCAAGUGCAUGCAGCGCUUCCUGAAGAGUAUCUCCAGUGCUGUGGACGACCUUCCCAGCUACGCCGGCAUACUCAACGUGUCCCAUAAUUCCAUUCGCUUCUUGCCUUACAGGAGCUUCUACCACCUCCCAAAUCUGAGCGUCCUGAAGCUCAGUUAUAACAAAAUGUGGAUGAUUGAAGAUGGGGCCUUUGAGAAUCUGACAGCCCUGGAGACCCUCGACCUCUCUUGCAAUGGACUCGAAGUUCUGUCUGGAGCUGUGUUCCAGGGUCUGGCCAACCUCAGCAACCUUCUUUUGCACAACAACCACUUGCGCACAAUACAUCAGGACACAUUCAGCCCAUUGCAGCAUCUUGGGAACCUAGAGCUCCAGUUCAACGACUUGAGGAGCUUCCAAAGAAUCGCUCAGAGCAUUCAGAAUUUGACAGAGCUGCGGCGGCUGAAUCUUUGCAAUAACAAUUUCACCUCCCUCGAGUCUGAGGCGCAGCUUCCCCUCUCCCUGUCCACCCUCCUGCUGUGCAACAAUUCCCUGUACCAGGUAGAAACCAAAGGGCCAGAGUUCCUGUGGAACAUACAACAGCUGGAUCUUUCUUUUAACAAGAUCUCAAAUGUCUCUUCCUUUGCAAGAGUCAGCUUCCGGAACCUCAGUCGUCUGAAGCUGCUGGGUAACAACAUAGAUGUUUUCCAGCUCUUGAAUAUUUCUGGUCUGCAGUCUCACAGCCUGGAUUAUUCUGGGCUGCAUUUGAAUAAAUUCGCACAGUUGACCAGAUUGUGCCUGCAUCUUAGCAAAUCCAACCUUCCUAUGAAUCUAUUUCUGCAAAGCAACAACCUCAGGAACCUAAGCAGAAACACUUUCUUGACAUGCCCGCCUAUCUUGCUGCUGGAUCUUUCAAAGAAUCGCCUCAGAUCAGUAGGGUGUGUAAGGGAGAUGCUGAAUGCGACAGUACAAAAUAAGCUGAGAACAUUGGUUGUGGAGCACAACCUAUUGAACAGACUAAGGUCGUGCUCUAAAGGCUCUUUCUUAAAAGAGUUGAGGACCAUAUCUUUCCGUUUCAAUCGCAUCAUCUACGUCAGUAGUUUCGCUUUCCAGUUUGCCCCUAAUCUGAAGAUUCUCCACCUCAACAUCAACAACAUUGCUUUCUUGCAUAGACAAGCCUUGAAGGGCUUAAAGCAACUCAUAGAGUUGCGUCUGGAUAACAACCUACUAACUGAUCUCUAUGAGGGGAGCUUUGAGGAUCUGAGCAGUCUCCAGACACUCAAUCUCCGGAACAACCAUGUUUCUGUCCUCUUUCAUGGCAUCUUCAGGAACCUUGGGAACCUCUGUAUCUUAGACCUGGGGGGGAACAAUAUCCGCAGGUUGACCAGCGUGUCAUUUGAAGGACUAAAGAAUCUCUCCAAACUCUACCUGGACCGCAAUCGUAUUGAAUACAUUACCAACAGCUUCUUCCAACCGGUGGAGAAAACUCUCAAAGUGUUGGACUUAAUGAGCAACAAGAUACACUACAUCAGCAUGACACAACACAACCCAACCCCUUUCAUGAACCUGCACCUGGUCUAUGAUCUCAAGCUCCAAGCUCAGCAACCCUAUGGUCUGAAGAUCAUUCCACCCAAGUUCUUCAAGGGCCUGACUUCUUUACGUAACCUCUACCUGUCUGAAAACAAGAUUCUCUCCAUUGCACCAGAUGUGUUUGAUGACCUAGGACAGCUGGAAUACCUGAGCUUGGUUGAUAGCAGUAAUGGCAUGGGAAACCUCCCGCCAGGUAUAUUCAAGAAUCUGAGAAACUUGAAAAGUCUCAACUUGGAGAAUGCUGGCCUCCAUACCUUGACUCUAGAGGUCUUUGGAAAUCUCACUAAACUACGCAAUUUGCAACUAGGAAAGAACGAACUCCAGACAUUCAAUAGCAGUGUGAUAGAAAAGCUGCCUGCACUGAGAUACCUUGACCUACGCAAGUGUCCACUGAGUUGCACCUGUGACAACAUUUGGUUCCAGAAGUGGCUGAACAACAGCCAGGUGCAGGUGGUUUACCUGUACAACUAUACCUGCAACUCUGGGCAGCACUCCAGUUAUGUGUACAGUUUCGAUACCCACGUCUGUUUCCAAGAUAUAGGGCUGUACCUGUUCUCCAUCACCUUCCCUGUUUUGCUCCUCCACAUGCUGCUACCUGUCCUCUACCACCGUACCUAUUGGCAGCUGAAAUACCAUCUCUACAUCCUGCGUGCUUGGGUUAACAGUCACUGGAGGCGAGGCGAGGAUGAGGAUUAUCAGUUUGAUGCCUUUGUCUCCUAUAACUCGAGGGACGAGAGUUGGGUGCUGGAGCAGCUGGUGCCCAGCCUGGAGAAAGGAGAGGGACCCAUCUUUCGGCUCUGCCUCCACCACAGGGACUUUCAGCCAGGGAAGUACAUCAUAGACAACAUCAUUAAUAGCAUUCAUAACAGUCGACAUACCAUCUGCAUCAUCAGCAGGAGCUAUCUGCAAAGUGAGUGGUGCUCCAUGGAGAUCCAGCUGGCCAGCUACCGUCUCUUUGACGAGUUGAAAGAUGUCCUUAUUCCAGUUUUCAUUGAGACUAUCCCAGAGCGAGAGCUUUCUGCCUACCACCAGAUGCGGAAGGUGAUGCUGAAGAAGACAUAUAUCACAUGGCCCCCAGAGCCUGAGGCUCAGAAGCUGUUCUGGGCUAAGCUCAGGAUGGCUCUGAAGGCAGGUAACUCUGAGGAAGAGAUAAGUACUUACUGGUUUGAUAAAGAAGGCAAACCCCUCCUAAGGUCAGUUUCCAAGGUGGAGCAGUAGGACGGCGAUGGCUGGAGAUUCUAGUGGAGCCCUCAAGACCACCUCGUUUGUGGUCCGCUGUAAACGG